GCACCUUCCACUUCCAGGCGAUCACAGAUUUGACCACACAAACUAUGCAGAACCCGUUUGAAGAACAACAGACCGCCUUACUAUCUCGAAUGCUAGGAAAUGUUGAGAAGCUAUCGGAAGCGAUGACCGAACUGAUUUUGACGCUCGAGUCGAUCAAUCAUUACAAUCUCAAAGCCUCCGAUCUCAAUCAAGCCGUCCAGAACUACGCCUUGAACGUCAAGUACAACCUCCAAAACCAGAACCACGAUGAUCCGAAUCAAGGCACCGGCGAUCAGAACAUCGAUCCGGCAGUCUGACAUGGAUUGGUCCGCGCAGAUCUCCAUCAUCGACUUCUUUGCCUCUCGCCCGUUGCUCCCAUCCUUCAAACAACUCUUGCAACUCACAACUCCUGUUUCAGGGCUGUAUUCUUAAUAGCUCUCCCAGUAUUGUUUGGGUUUUGCUACUUGUACUUCUUAUGAAUUAGUUUGGGUAAACUUGAAUCCAUACUGCUACCAAUGAUGAAAACAGAAACAAAUGUUGAUGAGAUCAGAGCAAACACAAGCUGAUCUAAAGCAAAUCUUUCAAGAUGAAUUCAAUCAGAACAAUACUUGAACACCGGGCCUAAUCUUAGUCACACAGGUAGUGUAUUGUAGUACCCCUAUGUUGCAAACUGAAUAAUAUCUAGAAAGAAAGCCAUGAUGUUUUUUUUGUUAAUUUCUGUACCAUUUGGAAUGAAAAUUCUUUUUUUUUU